ACCUUACGUUAAUUAAUAAUGUGUUUGCUCAUACCAUAACAAAUACUAAGGUAGAUUCUAUAGCCAAUCUAAUCCAGACUUGACAUGCUUAGUAUGUUUCAGUUACUUAGUCUUCUCUUAUUGACAGUAGCUACUACACUAGCUAGUUCUCAGAAUGAAAGUGUGACUUUGGGAAUCAAGAUUGCACCUAUUCCCUUGGCCGUCCAUCCUAUUAAUACCAUCUUCAUCAUUUGCAGUUGCUCUAUUAGUAACUGUACAACAAUAAACUGGCCGAUAUUCUCACACCGAGGAGAAGCUAUCUCCUUUUGGCUCAAUUACACCAAGAUAACAUCUGGAAUACUCCGUUCUGAACAUCGUGCUACGGCAGUGUUUUCUUGGCCAAAAAAAACAACAUUUAUUGGUUCAUUUUCCUGCAAGUUUAUGAAUGUAACAAGCGUAACGCUGCGGUUUAUCUCAAUGCCAGAGAAGGAUCUGGUGUAUGCAAAAGCCAGCCAAAUCUUAAUGAGCCCUUUUCUCAUACUCUUUCUCAUUACAUACUGCAUAGUUUUAUCACUCUUUUUCCUAUUAAAACAGAUUACUAAUCGUGGUGUUGUGCCUAGUAAUUGUGAGGAGAACACUCUCUCUAAAUACCCUCAACAUUCAAAGGCAUGCAAGAACACCUCCUGUACAACUCCUGAAACAAGACAACAAGAAGACCAUUCUUUGUGCUCAUCAACACUGUCAAAAGCAGAUGUGCAGCAGUUUUGUUACAUUGACUCUCCAGAAGAAGUGAUGUUUGAUUGCAAAGGUGGUAGGUACAGAAAUGAAGAUCACGACAUUGAACUGAGUGUGCCUGAAUUUGCCAUACCGGCUGGAAAACGCAUAACGGUGAAAAUAGCAGUGUCACUAUUCUCUCCAUUACAGCUGCAGCAAGGCCUGAGACCUGUUUCCCCAAUAGUUAAGUUCUGUGUCAUGGAUGACCCGUAUUUUAAAUUUGGCAGACCAGUCAAAAUUUUACUCCCUCAUUUUCUGAGCACUACGUCGUCAUCGCUGAAUGAUUUGCAAUUUGUUAAGGCUGUGCAUGGUAACAGAACGUUUGAAGAAUGUGAUGGCGAAGCAACUUUUAAAGUAGAAAGUAUGUAUGGGACGUUACUGACCCACCACUUUUGCCAUUUUUGCAUUGCUUCCAGCGUCUCAUCUCUCUCGAAAGCUAACUUUCGACUGGUUCGAGUCACUCCAAAAAAUCCAUCUGGAACAUGGAAAGCUCAAUAUUGUGUCACCUACUUCCUGCAAACGUGCCUAAAGUUUCUCAAGCACUUUUAUAAUGUUGAACAAUAUGAAGUCACAAGCCUCAAGAGGUUUGUGUUCUCUGAUCCCCAAGCAACACUGCAAAUUCACUUUGAAAGAAGGUUCUCUGAAGGCUGGAUACUCACACAAGACGGUGGAAGUAGCAAGUUAACUGAAAAUGAGGUGGACUGUUGGAGACUAGAUCAAGAUGAGCUGAAGCUAAUGGAAGAAGAGGAACUUUACCCUCCAAGAUUUGUUGUUAAAGUUAACGGACAUCAGGCGACUGAUCAAGCCACUGCGUUAGUUAGAUUUACUGGAGCACAAGGAUAUCUGGAAACAGAGCUUUCAUUGGAACCCCUCAGUUACCAUCAUACAACACAUCUUCCUACGAGCGUUUCUCUGCCAAACGUUCCCAGCUCUAAACAGCCUCAAGUUACUCCUACUUCACAGCAAGAGAGACCUCCCAUCCCAAAGCCAAGACGAUCUCCCCCUCCCAAACUAGGUAUUCCUAAUAGUUAUUGUGUGUUUGGUAGUAAUGCAUGGAGUUGCUAUUUUCCAGACUCCUCCCCAGAAUACAAGACAAUGCUAUCCUGCACACCACAUCUCAUUACCGCCGUGACUCAAGACCCACAGACAAUCUACGAUGAGAUGAUUGCAGCAUUCAAGUCGGUUCACAUACGAGAAUUUAUCCGCCACCCCAUACACACCAACCGUGCCAAGGCAACCAGGUUGGUGGACUUCAUGACGGAUCAAGUCAAGACCUCUCCCUCUGACUUUGACAAGUUUAUGGCAAUUCUGAAAAGUUUAUCAUGGACUGAACGCAUUGUAGGCAUUCUCAUCACUGCACUAGCACAGAACAGGAGCGCAAAUGUAAACAUGUAGAUGUGUUUUGUGUUAUGUUGUUAUGUUGUUGCAUCACUUCACUCGUUCAACAUGCAUGCAGUGUGUAUAUCAAGUUAUAACAAAAUUCUUGUCCUAUUUUAAGAAAAUUCUAUU